AUGCCAAUAGUUCAGUUGGGAUUCAAGUUGGAACAAACCUUUAAAGCUGAACUUGCAAACACUACCUCACCAGAGUUCAUGGAAUUAAGUAACAAAGUAACCGCACAGCUUGACCGGGUCUAUUCAGAAAAGUAUGGAAACAGCUUCAAUCGAACUAUCGUCAGAAGUUUCAGACAAGGAUCCAUUGAGGUACAAGCUGACCUGAUAUUCAACAAUGAGUCUACAACACCAAAUGCCAGUUCUGUGGUUCAAACUUUGGUGGUUGCUGCUUCUGGUCCAGAUUUUAACCUCACUGUCAACACAUCAUCUAUUAAUGCAUCUGUUGUGUUGCCUCCCACUGAACUCCCACCCACUGCUGCAGCAUCAACACCUCCUUCACCAGCCAACACCACCACUCCUCCUGUCAAUGCCACUUCGCCACCAGCCAACGCCACCACUCCUCCUGUCAAUGCCACUUCGCCACCAGCCAACACCACCAUUCCUCCUGUCAAUGCCACUUCGCCACCAGCCAAUGUGACCACUCCUCCUGUCAAUGCCACUUCGCCACCAGCCAACACCACCACUCCUCCUGUCAAUGCCACUUCGCCACCAGCCAACAUCACCACUCCUGUCAAUGCCACUUCGCCACCAGCCAACGUGACCACUCCUCCUGUCAAUGUCACUUCAUCACCACCAUCAGUCACCACAAUUCCAGGUAAUACAAGCUCUCCACCUGUGAAUCCGACAGCACCACCAGCUGUAAUCACAACAGCUGCCCCACCAACAUCGUCAGUAAUUGGUUUGGAAUUCAAAUUAGACCAACCCUUUUCACAACAACUAACAAACCCAUCUUCAGAUGAGUACAUCCGGUUAAGUCAACAAGUAACAUCAGCGCUUGACGGUGUCUAUUCGCGUAAAUAUGGAGCUCAAUACAAUCACUCUGUCAUCAAAAAUUUCAGACAGGGAUCCGUUGUGGUUAACUCUGACCUGAUAUUCAACAAUGCUACUACAACACCAAAUACCAGUUCUGUCGAAGACACUUUGCGGACUGCUGCUUCUAGCUCAAAUUUUUCCCUUAAUAUCAAUACAUCAUCUAUUAUUGCAUCCGCUCCAAACGAGACGGCCACUCCCAGUGCUACAGCUGGCCCCACGGCAGGUCCGAACGUGACGGCCUUGACUAAUGCUACAACUGGCCCUACGGCAGGUUCUAACGUGACGGCCACAACUACUUCCAACACUCCAUCAACAGAUCCUCCUACAGCCACUGAGGGGACCCUUGGCCUUACGUUUCAUCUCAACCAGCCAUUUACACCAGAACUCGCCAACUCAUCUUCACCAGAAUAUCAGGAUUUAUCCCUAAAAGUGAUCACAGAGAUAAACAGAAUUGGUGCAUUACUGUAUGGACGUGUCUACAGUCGCAGCCUCCUCAAGACAUGCUGUGAACAAAGCAACAAAUGCUGGUAA